AUGCGUCUCUGUGUCACGGUUUUCCUCUUGUUGUGGGUACAAGCCCUGACAUUGAAAAACCUUAAUUACUCCGUCCCUGAGGAGCAAGGACCAGGCACAGUCAUAGGGAACAUAGCAAAGGACGCUGGAUACGGGACUGUGGAGAGAGGGAAAAAAUUCCGCGUGCUCGAGAAUUCCGCGCCUCAUCUCGUGGAUGUUGACCCAGAGAGUGGACUUAUCUUUACCAAACAAAGGAUUGACAGGGAGACGUUGUGCAGGCGCAACCCCAAGUGCCAGCUCUCUAUGGAAGUAUUUGCCAACGACAAAGAGAUUUGCAUGAUCAAGAUUGAUAUACAAGACAUCAAUGACAACUCACCCACUUUCCCCGCGGAUCACGUUAAUAUUGACAUUUCUGAGAACGCAGCAGCCGGGACGCGUUUCCCUCUCACCAUCGCACAUGACUCGGAUUCAGGGGAGAACAGCAUCAAGACAUAUCAGGUCACCAGAGACGAUUACAAUACGUUCUCUUUGGAUUUAAAAGUCAGGGGUGAUGGGACUAUUUACCCGGAGCUGGUGGUUCAGAGACCCCUGGAUAGAGAGGAUCAGAGCCAUCACACCCUGCUGCUCACCGCCAUAGACGGAGGGGAGUAUCCAAGAUCAGGCUCCAUGCAAAUUAACGUCAGAGUGACUGACUCCAAUGACAAUAGCCCUAUUUUUGACAAAUCCUCUUAUGUCAUAGAAAUCCCAGAGAACUCUCCUCCUGGCAAAGUGCUCAUAGAUCUGAACGCCACUGACCAUGAUGAAGGCAGCAACGGACAGGUGGUGUAUUCCUUCACUGGAUAUGCAUCUGAUAGAAUACAAGAUCUGUUCUCCAUUGACCCCAAUUCGGGUGUCAUCAAAGUCCAAGGAGAGAUAGACUAUGAAGAGAAUCCAAUUAUAGAAUUUGAUGUUCAGGCCAAAGAUAUGGGCCAGAACCCGAUACCGGGCCACUGCAAAAUUACUGUGAAAGUGCUGGACAAGAACGACAACACACCAAUAAUAAGUUUUGUGUCAGUGCGGCAGGGUGCUAUAAGUGAGGCAGCACCCCCAGAGUCUGUUAUUGCACUGGUCCGGGUGACAGAUAAAGAUGCAGGCAGGAACGGUCAGCUCCAGUGUCGGGUGAUAGGGAAUGUCCCAUUCAGGCUGCAAGAGAACAACGACAAUUUCUACACACUGCUCACAGACAGGCCUCUGGACAGAGAAAUGAAAGAUGAAUAUAAUGUGACUAUUGUAGCCCGAGACAAUGGGAUCCCCUCUUUGAACUACACUAAGUCGUUUACUGUGAAAAUCCUGGAUGAGAAUGACAAUGCUCCACGUUUCACAAAGACAGUCUACAUUCUACAGGUGCCUGAGAACAAUAUCCCAGGGGAAUAUUUGGGAUCUGUCUUAGCCCACGACCCAGAUGUAGAGGGAAACGAAGACCACCUGUUUGAAAUGGAUCCAAUGGGAGGAGAGGUCAGAACAGCUCACACUCUUUGGGAAGAGGUGGCCCCUGUGGUUGAGCUGGUGGUGAAGGUAACUGACCAUGGAAAGCCCCCCUUAUCUGCCGUGGCUAAGCUCAUCAUUAGGGCGAACAUGGAGACGGCGGUGGGAGGGGGCUCCAGCUCCAGUGGAGAGCAGCAGCACUGGGACGUAUCUCUGCCCCUCAUAGUUACCCUCUGUAUUAUCUCUGUCAUGCUCUUAGCAGUCAUGGCCGCCAUCGCUGUCAAGUCCAAGCAUCAAGAUAAAGAGACUGGGAAUUAUAACUGCCGCAUGGCUGAGUACUCCAAUGCCCCAGUGGGGAAGGGCAAGAAGAAAAGGAUCAACAAGAGUGACAUCAUGCUGGUGCAGAGCGAGAUGGAGGAGAGGGAUUCGGCCAGCCGCAUGAACGUGGUCAGCAGCCCAUCUCUCAUCACCUCACCCAUUUGUUUUGACUACCAGAGUCCACUGCCCCUGACCCUUCCCAGGUCCGAGGUCAUGUACCUGAAGACCACACCCAACAGCCUGACGGUACCCCGGGCCGGCUGCCACUCCAGCUUUGGCGGUCUCAACGCAGACUCUCCAGCCAACAGGAUGUCUGUGAUACAGACUGAAAAUUUCCCCUCCGAGUCCAAUUACGCAGGCAGCCGGCAACCGUUUGUACAAAGCUCCACUUUUAAGGAUGCAGAGCGAGCCAGCCUGCGAGACAGUGGCCAUGGAGAUAGUGACCAAGCUGAUAGUGACCAGGAUACUAAUAAAGGCUCACAGUGCGACACGUCUGCCAGGGAGGCCCUCAAGAUGAAAGCACCAGCGGUUAAUGGGCAGCCUUUUGAGCAGGAGCAAGACAAAUCAGUCCACUGCACGGAUGAAUGUCGCGCACUGGGACAUUCUGACAGAUGCUGGAUGCCAAAGUUACGGGUAGGAAGCCAAGCAGACAGCGGCGAUAAUCGCACCAACCUUUUCAUCCCUGUGGGAAUGGAUGCCAUGGUAGAGACAGAGAUUUAUGGCACCAUCAGCUGCGGCAGCGGGAGCGGCGGCAGAAAAACCCUCAGCACGUUUGGGAAGGAGCAGCGGGACAGUACAAUCCAAGUGGCCAAUGUCAAACCAUACUUCAAAUCGCAGCGCGCUCUGAGCCCACCGCUGCAAGAGAGCCAGUCCAGUACGAGUCCCACUAAGACUGAGCCCUCUUCCCGGGACCAUGAGGCCAAGCGCGAGUCCAAAGAGGAGCGCGGGGGCGGCUCUGACAGCAGUGCCUACGGCCCUCCGGACGGCCAGUGCUCUCCUCUGCACACGGUUCUGGAGGAGCCGGCUUACGUCACCUCCGAGCUCAGGCCCAAGUCUCUGUCCAGUAAUCUGAUUCACAGCCCUGUCAUCAGCCAGGAGUGCCCUCUGGACCCACGGGACUCCGGGAACUGA